UUUUUUCUUCGUACUGAAAAUUUUGGUCUUUCUGUACUUGGGCGAAUCUUUCGAGUUUGAAAUGCCUCGCUAUGAUGAUCGCCAUGGUAACACAAGACUCUAUGUGGGUCACCUGUCAUCAAGAACCCGCUCGCGUGAUCUAGAACACAUCUUCAGCAGAUACGGAAGGUAAUCCUUUUGCAUUCUUCAGUUUGAGCUUGAGAUGUCUUUUAAUGGUGUGUCAAAACUUAUUUUAAAGGUUCUCCUUUUGGUGCUUUGAAUUUUUUUGCCCAUUUAUUGCUUAUUGAAAUUCACCUCUUAGACAGAAAUUGUAUUAGUUAUGUAGUGUAGUUGCUGCUGUGGUAAUUGUCUCUCCAUCUUGUUGGCUCGCUAGGAGGGGCAAGCGUCUUGUUUUCUAGUUAAUGUAGUUCCUCAACUGCUUUAUAAAGCAGUCAAAACUAG